GGCGCCGCCCGGGUCUGGGGCUCGAAGGGGGCGGGGUGUGAGCAGAAAGUGUGAGAGAGUGGAGGGGCGGGGUAUGUGUGUGAGUGUGUGAAGUGUGAGCAGACCUGAUGGGACUUGCACGGGCGCAGCCGCCGCUCGGGCCCGGCCCUGGGGACAGGGCGGGCUGGGGGCGCCCCAGAGCCCAUGGGGAGUCUGGGCCCGAGGUGCAGGCAGACGGGCAGCCGGGUAGAGCACCCUCCCCGCCCCCGAGGCCUGCAACCCUACCUGGACCCGCUGCCGGAGCCAAACAACCGGGCGGGGGGUGGGGCGGGCGACGGUGGGGGGGUGUCAGGAGUGGAGAUCCGAGUGAAUAAGAAAAAAGUGGCUACUCCCCCUCCCUCGCUCCUCCCGCCCGCCCCCACCCCACCCCCACCCCAACACAUUUUUUUUCUAAAGAGAUCACAAGGAAGUCUUGGUUUAAAAAGAAACAGAAACAUACACAGGGGGAUUGGUGAAUGGUGCCGACCGCGGCCAUCGCAGUUGGAGGCUAUUUUUUUGGGAGGGGGGUGAGUAGCGUCCAUGGAGUUACUUUGUGCCCAUUCCUAGCGACAAGGGCUUACGUCCAGCGGGCUGACCGUCCCCAGCAGGGGUGCGGGGCCGGGGACGCCGAGGGCCCGGCAGCCUCCCUCGCCGCGACCCCGGAUGGAUGCGCGCCCCCCGCCCGUCCGCGCCGGCCCCAGGAGCUCCGGGUUUCGGGAGCAUCCUUCCAGCGCCGGCCCCCGCCGCGGCGCGUAGUCCAGGGCAGCGCCCCUCAGAAGGGCACCGCGGAGGAAGGCUAGGCCAGAGAGCCAGCUCCCUUCUCUGAAGAAGGGACGAGAAGGACCCUGCAGUUGCCAAUGGGCAGCCAUCUGUGGGAGCAAGUGGACUGAGCAUUGCCCUCUGAGGUGGAGGGUAGGGUGAGAAGGUGCCGAAGGACAAAGUAGACAAAGCCCCUUUUCAUUCUUCCAGGAUCCCCUAGAUGGAAGAGAAGAGGCGAAAAUACUCCAUCAGCAGCGACAACUCUGACACCACUGACAGUCACGCUACAUCUGCAUCAAGAUGCUCCAAACUGCCCAGCAGCACCAAGUCGGGCUGGCCCCGGCAGAACGAAAAGAAACCCUCCGAGGUGUUCCGGACAGACUUGAUCACAGCCAUGAAGAUUCCAGAUUCCUGCCAGCUCAGCCCGGAUGACUACUACAUCCUGGCCGACCCAUGGCGACAAGAAUGGGAGAAGGGCGUGCAGGUGCCGGCUGGAGCAGAGGCCAUUCCAGAGCCUGUGGUGAGGAUUCUCCCGCCGCUGGAAGGCCCCCCUACCCAGGUGUCCCCUAGCAGCUCUGAACUUGGUGAGGGCUCCCAGCCUGAUUGGCCUGGGGGCAGCCGCUAUGACCUGGACGAGAUUGAUGCCUAUUGGCUGGAGCUUAUCAACUCGGAGCUCAAGGAGAUGGAGAGGCCAGAGCUGGAUGAGCUGACGCUAGAGCGUGUGCUGGAGGAGUUGGAAACCCAGUGCCACCAGAAUAUGGCACGGGCCAUUGAGACACAGGAGGGGUUGGGCAUUGAGUAUGAUGAGGACGUCGUCUGUGAUGUGUGCCGUUCUCCCGAGGGCGAAGAUGGCAACGAGAUGGUCUUCUGUGACAAAUGCAAUGUCUGUGUGCACCAGGCAUGCUACGGGAUCCUCAAGGUGCCCACGGGCAGCUGGCUGUGCCGGACAUGUGCCCUGGGUGUCCAGCCAAAGUGCCUGCUCUGCCCCAAGCGAGGAGGAGCCUUGAAGCCCACCAGGAGCGGGACCAAGUGGGUGCACGUCAGCUGCGCUCUGUGGAUUCCUGAGGUCAGCAUCGGGUGCCCUGAGAAGAUGGAGCCCAUCACCAAGAUCUCACAUAUCCCAGCCAGUCGCUGGGCUCUGUCGUGCAGCCUUUGCAAGGAGUGCACAGGCACCUGCAUCCAGUGCUCCAUGCCUUCCUGUGUCACAGCAUUUCACGUCACAUGCGCCUUUGACCAUGGCCUGGAAAUGCGGACUAUAUUAGCGGACAAUGACGAGGUCAAGUUCAAGUCAUUCUGCCAGGAGCACAGUGACGGGGGCCCUCGGGGUGAGCCCACUUCUGAUCCCGUGGAGCCCAGCUCAGCUGGUGAGGACCUGGAGAAGGUGACCCUACGCAAACAGCGGCUGCAGCAGCUAGAGGAAGACUUCUACGAGCUGGUGGAGCCCGCUGAGGUGGCUGAGCGGCUGGAGCUAGCUGAGGCGCUGGUUGACUUUAUCUACCAGUACUGGAAACUGAAGAGGAAAGCCAACGCCAAUCAGCCACUGCUGACCCCCAAGACUGACGAGGUGGACAACCUGGCCCAGCAGGAGCAGGACGUCCUAUACCGCCGCCUGAAGCUCUUCACACACCUGCGGCAGGACUUGGAGAGGGUUAGAAAUCUGUGCUACAUGGUAACAAGGCGUGAGAGAACAAAACACGCCAUCUGCAAACUCCAGGAACAGAUAUUCCACCUGCAGAUGAAACUGAUUGAACAGGACCUGUGUCGAGAGGGGUCUGGGAAGAGAGCAAAGGGCAAGAAGAGCGACUCGAAAAGGAAAGGCCGUGAGGGCCCGAAGGGCAGCCCCGAGAAGAAAGAGAAAGUGAAGGCGGGGCCCGACUCAGUCCUGGGGCAGCUGGGCCUGUCCACCUCAUUCCCCAUCGAUGGCACCUUCUUCAACAGCUGGCUGGCACAGUCAGUGCAGAUCACAGCAGAGAACAUGGCCAUGAGUGAGUGGUCACUAAACAAUGGGCACCGUGAAGACCCCGCCCCGGGGCUACUGUCAGAGGAGCUGCUGCAAGACGAGGAGACACUGCUGAGCUUCAUGCGGGACCCCUCACUGCGACCUGGGGACCCUGCCAGGAAGGCCCGUGGCCGCACCCGCCUGCCUGCCAAGAAGAAACCGCCGCAGGACGGGCCUGGCUCACGGACGACUCCGGACAAAUCCCCCAAGAAGCCCUGGGGCCAGGAUGCAGCCAGCGGCAAGGGUGGGCAGGGCCUAGUGGCCCGGAAACCAACGCGGCGAACGCCUUCCCACCUGCCGUCUAGUCCCACAGCUGGGGACUGUCCCAUCCCAGCGGCCCCCGACAGCCCCCCUCCUCUGGCCCCCGAGACUCUGGACGAGGCAGCCCCAAUGGCUGCCGACUCGAAUGUCCAAGUGCCUGGCCCUACAGUGAGCCCCAAGCCCUUGGGCCGGCUCCGGCUGCCCCGAGAAAACAAGGGAACCCGGAGAUCGCCAGGUACCAGGCCUGAUGCUGGGACAGGACCGCCCUCUGCUGUGGCCGAGAGGCCCAAGGUCAGCCUACACUUUGACACUGAGACUGACGGCUACUUCUCUGAUGGAGAGAUGAGCGACUCAGAUGUGGAAGCUGAGGACAGUGGGGUGCAGCGGGCUCCCCGGGAAGCAGGGGCUGAGGAGGUGGUCCGCAUGGGGGUACUGGCCUCCUAAGUCACCCCCACCCUGUCCCAGGCCCUGCCCUGGUCCUCCCAUGAGGCCUCAGCCCAGUCACAACUGCCAUUUCCAAUCUCUGCUGAGUGUCUCAGAUCCUUGAGACUGCCACUCUGUUGUGGUUUUAUUUUUAAUAUAGAGAGAGUUUUGAAUUCCACACUGUUGUCUUUCCUCUGUGCUGGCCUAGGACGUUAGAAUUCCUUCCACGGCUCUGGCCGCAGGGGCUCUAGCAGGUCCUGUGCCCCAUCCCCGCCGCGGCAGCACCCCGCCCCGGCCCACGCGGCAUUGCUGGGCUCCUGGCUAGAUGUAGGCGAGGCGAAGAAGAGCUCAGGACUCCAGCCCGCUGCCACUGGGUGACACAGACCGUCGUUUGGGCAUUAUUUCAUGGCAGAUGGGCCAGCCCAGGGCCUUCCCCGCCUUGCCCCCAAAUUCCACUGGGGUCCAUUUGGGGGGUCCUGCUGCACUCCACUGAUCCCCAAGGAAGUAUAAUAAGUGAUCCCCAGCCAGAGUCUACUCACUGUCACAAGCACAACGAGCUUAUAUAAGAAAGCACUGAGGGGGCGCAGAGGGCCCGCUGGUUCCAGAGGAACCACCGCUGUUCCUGAUCAACCCACAUCAUCUGAGGCCUGCCCGCCCACCCCGCGACCCUCCACUCCCUUGCUGCUCCACCCCUGCCAGUGCCCAGCCCGGCGGCUCUGAGAAGGGGUUCCUAGAAUCCUUCCUGAGCUGUGCCAUUUACUCAGGGGACUCCCAAACAGCCAGCCAGCCGCCAGUGCCGGUGGAGGGCUGCAAGGGAGGGCCAGUGCCCAGACAGGGGCGUGGGGCUCAGACUCCCCUCACUUAGAGAAUUGCUCUGGGGCUCCAACUUCCUUCCUUCCUUUGGGGCCAGUCUCGGCUGACGUCUGGUCACUCCCAGACAGCUGACCUGACCAGACCAGACCGUUUGCCUUUUCAAAUUUUCCAAUCCUGCUAUGAGAUGAGCUUCUUCCUCGGUUUCCUUUUGGAAACUCCUCCUUCCAACAAGCAAGUGGGAUCCCGGGGCCCGGGGCAGGCCGUGUUGGCCUGCUGUGGCUGUUUCAAGUCUUGCUGGAUGUUCCUGGUUCCUCUGUCCCUGUGAGCCGUUACCCCCUUCCCUGGUUCUGCCCUCCCUACCCACCACCACCCACCCACCUUUUCUGUCCCAUCCCCUAGGUCCCAGGUAGUUGCUCUGAAGAGUGUCAGUGGAGUGGCCCCAGGGUGAUAGCUCAGGGAACAAACAAUAAAAGGAAUUCAGUGAAAACAUGGUUUUUUUUGUUUUAUGAAUUACUCCUGGGUCACUUCCACCACUGGUGAAGCCAGAACUUCUCCGACAAGAAAUCUUGCAUAAGUCCAGUGAAUCAGUCGAAUCAUUCUGUGGAUGCCAAAGAAUAUUUUGACCAUAAUACAGCACAGCCUGGACCUGACAACUUGUCGCUUGGACUUUUUUUUUUUUUUUUUUAACGGAGUUCUUUAGCAACAAAGUGUAGAGAGACAUGUUCAUUGUACACACCCAAGGAGAGGAGCCCAGGCUCUUAGAAGAAGAUGUUGUUCUGCUGCUGAACCAUUGGAAUUGGGACGCGGGAACCAGGUGUUGGGAUUCCGGUCCUGGGCUGGGCCCACUGUGAGCUUUCCUAAACUCUGAGACUCACAGAGGGGAAGAACAGUGACAGCAAAACCAGCAUGGCAAAGGUCUUCACCAUGUGGUUCUCCCCACACAAACACUCAACAUGCAAAUCGGCGGGAUGGGCAGCAGCUUGACCACCCACCCCUGACUCCAGAACUUCCAAGGUACGACAGUGGCAUUGUUAUCGACGCACGGUUUCAUGUGAAUUUUAGCAAAACGGGAAACAAAGCUAGGACUCCGUUCAGAAGAUCAGGCAAAUGUGUCCAGUUGGAGUGGACUCGGGGCGGGCUUCAAGGAUUCUGGGCAUUGGAAUGGCACAAGCUACCAUGUGGAAUUUAGUCUGCCUGCCGUCUUGGUAGUAACGGCCAGUGCAGUGUCCGCACCAGCGGCCCAUCCCCGUUCUCUGUUUACUGCCUUUGAAUAGUCCUCCUUCCUUCCCCGUGCUUUGGGUCACAAUCUUGUCUGUGCCAGAUUGCCCAGUCUGACCUCACAGGGAACCAAGUGAGGAGCUUAAAGAACAACCAAACUCUGCCAGGGGGAGAGGUGGGGUCCCAGGAAUGGCUCCUGCCCAGUAGACUCCACGCUUGUCCCCCUCCCACCGCCUCAUGCAUAUGGAGGCGAAGUCUGGGCUCCCUGGGGGCAGAGGCUAGGGCAGGAGGGCAGGAGAGAAGGCGGAAGGGAAUAUACUGCAGCGUGUCUGGCUGGGGUUAGGAAGGGCAGCCAGCACCCUUCAGGGGUACUCCACCCAAGUUGGCCUCUGGAUUCCCUUCUGUGUUGGCUCUUGCUUUGGACUGGACUAUCCCUGGGGCUGUGUCCUGCGCAGGGCUCAGGGAUCUGUUAGGCUAGCUGGUGGGGGAGGUGGGAGAACCUUAACUCCCAGACCUGGCCCUAGAGCUGUUCUUGCCCCGCAGCUGUCCACCUCUGGGAUGUCCAGCAAGACCACACAGAGGACAAGGAUACUGGUUCCCGCCAUUAGCCACAGCCCUUUUCACUCUUUUUCCCAUCUCCUGUCCACAGUUAGACAGCUUUGCCAACCCUGGGGUUGAGGCGGGAAGCAGGGAAUGAGACAGAAGUCCUUUUGCAGGCCAGAGGCUGAGGCAGAUCUUUUGCUUGAGCACCUCUGCCCACCAUACUCACUGGCCCUCUCCCAGGAGGGAGAAGCUCCUAUUACUCCUGGCUGCCAUCCACCCUUCUCCUGGUCCUGGCUGCACAGUCCUCCUCAUCACAGCCAGGAAGGAUGAGGUGCAAGGAAAGUAUUUUUAUGGAUCACAAAUGUAUUUUAAAGUCAAUAAGGAGAAGAAAGGUAGAAGGGUUUAUUUUGUUAAAUGAGCUCUGACUUUGUGACAGUGUAUGAGCAUUUGCUAUGUCAGGGUCUUGGUUUCCUUAGAGAAGCCACCCGGGUUUCCGGACGUGGGUGCCAGUCUGUAGGUAUGCAUGUGCCAGGGCACGUCUCGUGUGUCCAUGUACGUGCAUGUCUGCGUGUUGCGUUUGGGCAUAUCGUGGGACCUGCUGGGGCAAUUUCUAGAGCAUCGAUUGCCCGAUGAUACUAACAGACAUUGGCAGCAGCUGAACUUGGCAUUUCCUUGCUCACUGCCAGAUGUGGCCAACCUCUGGCCAUGCCUGAAGCUCUGCAGAAUGGUCUGGAUGCCUGUACCAAGGCCCUUAGGGAGGCCACUUCCCAUGCCCCUGGCCCAGCUGGCCACAUUGGCCAAAGAGCCAGGGCUGGAGUCUGGGACUUUUGGUUGUUCUUUAAGGCACUUCCUGCCACCUUGUCCCUCAGAUGCACAACACUCUGUGCUCCACAAACGGCUCGGGGUGGGGGGAUGAUAUGAAUGUCACAGGAGGAGACACCUUCUGUCCUUGUUUCAAAGAAAGUGAUGUGCCAUUUGUUAAUAUACAAGAGAAAUAUUGAAAAUAUAUUGAAAAGAGCAAUUUUAAAUUAUUUUUGGCUUAUGUUGCAAUAUUUAUUUUCUUGUAUUAGAAAAGAUUCCUUUGUAGAGAAAAAAUGUAUUUUUCAUUAACGCAAAGACCUAUUUCUCCUUUUUGUACAUUGUCCAUGUUCGCUACCCUUAACGAGCAAUAGAAUGUAUGGCCGCUUUGCCGUGGCCAGUGCCCGCCAUGCCCUGCAUGAUUCUGUGUUGCCGCUGCUGCGUAGCUCCUAGUCCCAUCCUGUCCCACUCACUCAUGAGGGUUUCCAGACCCUGGCCCCGACCAGGGCCUGUGUCUCAAGGAGCCCUUUGCACUCCUCGUGUGUUGGCAAACGCAGUUAAUAAAGCAAUGUUUUCUGUG